CCCCUGCAGAAAUCGGCGCAUCUGGAAGCGAACUGGCCGGCUGGGGAGGUGGAGGACGGGGAGAGAAGAGGAAGGAGGCUCCGGGAGCAAGCGAGACAAAAAGGGUCAGGCCUGGGACUUGGGAAAACCGGGAGAGCAGGAAGAAGAGGAAGGGAUCAUCUCUCAUUUGUUUAUUUUUUUUUAACCCUUUGAGUUCAUUUUAACUUGAAACGGCCCUCAUCUACAUUACCCAUCAUCAGACAUUACCCAUAAGCCCAUAAGACUCUUAAUGAUGCCGUCCAACACUGUAAGCAACACCACCACUGCAUUCAAAGACUUUGCUGAUUCACCUGGAAACACAAUGGGUGAGAGAACAAUACCGGACCGAGAACUGAUGGAGGAGAAGUCACCUAAAAGUAGUGCCUCUUGCAAAGCUGGCAAGCCUGGAAGAAAACGCAAGCAGUUUCCAGUUGAGAGCUGCGGCUCUUUUAAAGACAGUGUGAGUGUGGGCCACAAUUAUGCUGUGGUAGGUAGGUCGUCCAUGGCACAGGUCCUCAAUGGAGACGUGAUGCCCGAUGCCUGCUUCCCAAAACAGGAGAAGAGGGAAGUGGAGAACGGGAUUCCCAGAGACCCUUCCUCCUGCUGGGCGGAGGACAGCUCCCAGAGUCUGAGUCCUUCCCAAGAGAACGGAUUCCUGCCCAGCCGGGAAGAGCAGGACUUGGAGAAAGACAGGGAUGACAGCCUGAUGACGCCACGCAAAAAACGAGGGAGGCGGAAACUGGAGCGCCCAACGAAAUAUGUGGAGCACAAGGAGGAGGACGGGAGUGAUGCAGUCAAGACCGAGGGAGGUCGAGGCAGGCUGCGAGGGGGAGUUGGUUGGGAGAUCAGCCUUCGUCAGAGGCCCAUGCCCAGAAUAACCUUCCAGGCUGGUGACCCUUAUUACAUUAGCAAGCGGACCAGAGAGGAGUGGCUGGCCAAGUGGAAGAUGGAGGCAGAGAAAAAGGCCAAACAGAUGUCAGCAAUGAACGCGAUGAAGGAUCACGAGGAGAAUGAAACAGAGACCUGUAACGAAGAAGUCUCAAUAAUCAAACACCCACAGCCUUCAAAGCAGCAGCAGCAGCAGCAGCAGCAGCCACAGUCGCACACUAAGUCUCAGUCACAGCCUCAGUAUCAACAGCAAUCACCGCUGUUGCUGCCGCAGCAACAGCAACAACUGCAACAUCAGCAGCCACCUCAGCAGCAGCAACAGCCCACUGACCCAGCUUCCCCUACUGUGGCCAUGACCCCUGAGCCUGUCGCCAUUGGAGAAGAAGACAAGACAUCCCCCAAGACUCCAGACACUGAGUCUGAGUAUGAGGACGGUCGUGGUUUUGGCAUCGGGGAGCUGGUUUGGGGGAAGCUCCGAGGAUUCUCUUGGUGGCCAGGCCGCAUCGUAUCCUGGUGGAUGACGGGACGCAGCAGAGCUGCUGAGGGAACCAGAUGGGUCAUGUGGUUUGGAGAUGGAAAAUUCUCAGUGGUUUGUGUAGAGAAACUAAUGCCUUUAAGUUCCUUUAACAAUGCCUUUCACCAACCAACUUACAACAAGCAGCCCAUGUACAGGAAAGCCAUCUAUGAAGUCUUACAGGUGGCUAGCAGCCGGGCAGGAAAAGCCUUCAUGGCCUGCCCUGAGAGUGACGAGACAGAGACCUCAAAAUCAGUGGAAAUGUUAAACAAGCAGAUGAUUGACUGGGCUAUGACAGGAUUUCAGCCCACUGGACCCAAAGGCUUAGAGCCACCAGAGGAGGAGCGUAACCCAUACAAAGAAGUUUACCCUGAGAUAUGGGUAGAGCCAGAAGCAGCAGCCUAUACACCACCUCCGGCCAAAAAGCCUCGCAAGAGCACAGCAGAGAAACCCAAGGUCAAGGAUAUCAUUGAUGAGAGGACACGAGAGCGGCUUGUUUAUGAAGUGAGACAAAAGUGCCGCAGCAUAGAGGACAUCUGUAUCUCCUGUGGAAGUCUGAAUGUUAGCCUUGAGCACCCUCUGUUUGGUGGAGGAAUGUGUCAGAGCUGUAAGAACUGCUUCCUAGAAUGUGCGUAUCAAUAUGACGACGAUGGCUACCAGUCGUACUGCACCAUCUGCUGCGGGGGACGAGAGGUGCUCAUGUGUGGAAACAACAAUUGUUGUCGGUGCUUCUGUGUUGAGUGCGUGGACCUCCUUGUUGGUCAAGGAGCUGCCCACGCUGCCAUCAAAGAAGACCCGUGGAACUGCUACAUGUGUGGUCAGAAGAGUGUGUUUGGGCUGUUAGAGCGUCGUACUGACUGGCCCAGCCGUCUCCAGCACUUCUUUGCAAAUAAUCAUGACCAAGAUUUUGAUCCACCAAAGCUUUACCCCCCAGUCAUGGCGGAGAAGAGAAAACCCAUUCGUGUCCUGUCGCUAUUCGACGGCAUUGCCACAGGGCUGCUGGUGCUCAAAGAACUUGGCAUCCAAGUGGAUCGCUACGUAGCCUCCGAAGUGUGUGAAGACUCCAUUACUGUGGGUAUUGUCCGGCAUCAGGGUCGCAUCAUGUACGUUGGAGACGUGCGGAACGUCACACGCAAACAUAUACAGGAAUGGGGUCCUUUUGAUCUCAUUAUAGGUGGCAGCCCAUGCAAUGACCUCUCGAUAGUCAAUCCUGCUAGGAAGGGUCUUUAUGAGGGCACCGGGCGCCUGUUCUUUGAGUUUUACCGGCUGCUCCAUGAGGCUCGGCCGAAGGAGGGGGACGAUAGGCCCUUCUUCUGGCUCUUUGAAAAUGUGGUUGCCAUGGGUGUCAGUGACAAGAGGGACAUAUCUCGCUUUUUAGAGUGUAACCCAGUGAUGAUCGAUGCCAAGGAGGUGUCCGCUGCCCACCGUGCCCGUUACUUCUGGGGUAACCUUCCUGGCAUGAACAGGUUGGUGCAUGAAUGGCCUUUGACUGCCAUGUGCACUGAUAGGCUGGAACUCCAGGACUGUUUAGAACAUGGCAGAACAGCCAAGUUUGGCAAGGUGAGGACUAUCACUACUAGGUCUAACUCCAUCAAGCAGGGCAAGGACCAGCACUUCCCAGUCUACAUGAACGAGAAGGAGGACAUACUGUGGUGCACUGAGAUGGAGAGGGUCUUUGGCUUUCCGGUCCACUAUACGGACGUGUCCAACAUGAGCCGACUGGCGAGGCAGAGGCUGCUGGGCAGAUCAUGGAGCGUCCCAGUUAUCCGCCACCUGUUCGCACCACUCAAAGAUUACUUUGCCUGUGAUUGAGCAGUCAAAAAAACUAGCUCAGAACCAUUUAGGAACCGCAACUGUAUGUUGUGACUAGAAACAAGAGCCUUGAUCCUCAAAUUAUACUCUGGUAUAAUUUGUGAGCAAAACAUUGACAUAGAUUUCACAUUAUUUCUUGUAUUUGAAUUGUAAUUCUUAUUCUAUUUAAUUUUAUAUGUCAUUUUACCUUUUAGCAGUGUUAUCAAGUAUUGUUGAUUUGUUUGUGCAAGCUAUACUUGAGACUAUGCUUUCUUCUCAAGACACGGAGACAGAACAGUGCUAGAUAUGUCUUAUAAAAGAGGGACGGGAAUGCAUUGGGAAACAUCAGAAAGACAGGAAAUAUUUUUUUUUUUUUCUUCAAGAUAUGUGAAAUGUUUCUGCUGUGUGAGCGUACUGCGAGAUUAUCACCUGCAGUGCAGCCAUGCUUCCAGCUACUGAGCCUCACAGGGAUGUUUUCUUCAGUGUCAAGAGAGCUGUGUCUCUGAGAAUCCAAAACACCAGAUCACAUAUACCUCUUUGUUUACAGUUUCUAUACACAACUGAAGGUAAUAAAGGUACUACUGUAAUAUGGUUACAAUACCAUGGUGCUCCAAGGUGAUAUGAAACAUCAUAGCCCAUGUGGCACUGCAUUUUUAGACAAUACGGAGCGCUUUAACCUGUUGCUGGAAAAAACUUUUGUUUGACGUUUUUACAUUUAAUGAAAAAAGAAAUAAAUACUGUUGUGUGCCGUUCGGUUCGCUUCACAGGAAAUGGGAGCGACCGACGUUUUGACUGCAAAAUAGAGCUUAUCCUCUUUUCUGCAUUUUUACAGCUAUUACACAGUUUGUAUUGGUGCUCUUUUAAAUCUCUCGGCCUUGCCACACUCAGGCUCACUGUCUGGAGCUGCACAAACAGAAAGUGAAGCUAGCCACAUGGGAGAUGAUGUUUUCUGUCAUUAAAAAAAAACAAAAAACAAAAAAAAAA